AUGCCAAGGGCUCGCGGAUUUGAAUACUGGUUUGGUGGCAUUGAUCUCAAUGCAACUCCUGAAGCUAGUACAUCAACUGAUCAACAUGCUGGGCAGCCGCCAGAAGUCGGAGGCCAUCGUGUCGAUCCCCAAGGAGAUGAAGCAGGCCCUUCAAACAAUGAUCAGCAAGCUGAUUCGCGUGCACGGACUGGUGUUACACUUUCCAGUGAGGAAAGCGAUGGUGAAGCUGAGGUUGAGUCAACGCCUGAAGGAUAUGUUCCAAAGGUUCCAUUUGUUGGCAUGAUGUUUGACACACCUGAACUAGCUUUGCAGCACUACAACAGAUAUGCUCACCACAUUGGUUUUUCAGUGAAGAUAGAAUCAUCUAGGAGAUGUGCUAAAGAUGGUGAGCUAGAUAAAUUUGUUUAUGUCUGCAACAAAUCUGGGAAGCCUAGAGAAGAAGAAGCAGUCCCAGUUAAGCGGAGGAACCGAUUAAAGAUAUCCCGGAGUCUGUUAGAGUACUUUGAAGAAAUCAAGAAAGAUGAUCCCAGAUUUUUCUACAGGUUCAAGCUAGAUGCAGAAAAUAAAGUGGAGAACCUGUUCUGGGUGGAUAGCAAAGCAAGAGAUGUCUACCCCCUGUACAAUGAUUGUAUUUCUUUUGAUACAACAUUCAUGACAAACCAGUACAGCAUGCCAUGUGCUCCUUUCAUUGGAAUAAAUAGAUAUGGUCAAUCCAUCCAGCUUGGUUGUGGUUUUGUGAGGAAUGAAUCUUCUGUGAACUUUGUGUGGUUGUUUGAGCGGUUUUUAGAGGCAAUGGAUGGACUACAUCCAUUGAACAUCAUUACAGAUCAAGAUGCAGCUAUCAGAACUGCUAUCCUCAUUGUGUUCAUUGGCAUCAUACACAGGUUCUGCAGGUGGCAUAUAAUGCAAAAAGUACAGGAAAAACUUGGUACUUUUGUUGCUCAGAGAGAAGACUUGCGUUUAGAGUUCAAUGAUGUGAUUGACUACAGCAUGACACCGGAAGAGUUUGAACAGCGGUGGGCAAAUAUGGUGGAAACGCAUGGGGUUGCAGAUAACACACAUUUUCUUGACCUCUAUGAUUUGCGUGAGUAUUUUGUGCCAGCAUAUUUCCGCCACCGGUUUUUCCCAUUCCUUCAAACUACAUCUAGAAGUGAAGGGUUUAAUGCUGUUCUUAAGCAGUAUGUUCAUCCACAUGAUAGCCUUGUUCGUUUCUUCAAGCAGUACAUGAAACUACAUGAGAGAAUUGAUGUAACAGAAGAUGCUCAUGAGUUUGAUGGUGAUGAGAAGACAGUCAGGCUUUGGGGGGACUUUCCCAUGGAGAAGCAGAUCCUUCAGACAUACACCAUGCCCAUCUACCACCGCUUUCAGCUUGAGCUUCGGAAGAUUACAUCCUAUAAUGUUCGUGACAUUGGUGUUACUGAACAAGGGAGCAUUCAUGAGGUUUUCCCAAUACAAGGAUCCGUGCGCGGGUACGGUAGGAGGAGUUAUCGUGUCGAUGCUGAUGUAGCUAAUGGAAUCUACAAUUGUGAAUGUUGCAAAAUUAACAGGGAUGGUAUCCUGUGCUGCCAUGCAUUGAAAGUUAUGACACAUCUAGGGAUGGUUACAAAAUACCCAGAGCACUACAUCCUACCCAGGUGGUGUCUACCCCCUCCCGACAUAGUUGCACCGCGGGAUGAGAGACAAGAAAAGCCUGUUGGCCAGAAGCUAUCUAGAAAAGAUAUGAGAUUGCUUAGAUAUGGUAACCUCUGCAGUGAUUUUGCUAAGCUUGCUGUUGGUUUAGCGGCCUCAGAGAAAACUAAUGAAAUAGCUGAACGGCACAUGAGAGCAAUGGAGAAAGAGAUGGUAGAUUUGAAAAAGGCUAAUGCUGAUGCACUCAAAAAAAGGAAGAGCGCCAAGCAUGCAGUAAACACCAACACUGCUAAUGAUUCACAAGAAAGUGUACCUAUGGAAGAAGAUGCUGCUACUGUGGAGAAUCGGAAAGCUAGGAACCCACCAAUGUCAGCGACAAAAGGGCGCCCAGAGUAA